ACAAGUGAUUUGCGCACGGAUGCGGCGUCCCGGCGCGCAUCCACAUGCGUUACAAAUCUGCGUUCCUCCGUCACACUACUGUAGAUUUCACAUUUGCAACGAACUGGGUAAAUCGUGCCCGUUUGAUGCGUGGUGAUCUAAAGCGACACAGAUAAAAGCGUGACACUAGUUUGUUUCAAUUAUCGCAACGCUAAAAUAAUAAACAGGUGUCACUAAAAGUUGCUCCAAGAACUAAAAGGCGCCUUUGCGCUGUUUUACGACGGCUUGGCUGCGGGGCGGCAGAAGCCGUGUCGUAACGCAACGUGGUAUCUUGUUUACAACCGUCUGACGACUCCUCCACUUUUCCAAACAGAUGUCGGCUCUCUAACAAACACCCAGUACAGUGAGGUUGAGCCGGCUGCCUACAGGAGGACAUGGGGAAGCCAAAGAAGAAGAGUGAUCUCAGCCGAGCCGAGCUGAUGAUGAUGACCAUUGCGGAUGUCAUCAAGCAGCUGGUCGAGGCCCAUGAGGAGGGCAAGGAUAUAAAUCUGAACAAAGUGAAGACUAAAACCUCAGCUAAGUAUGGUCUCUCAGCCCAGCCUCGGUUGGUGGACAUCAUCGCUGCCGUUCCACCUCACUAUCGUCGUGCCCUUGUGCCCAAACUGAAGGCCAAACCGAUCCGCACUGCCAGUGGGAUUGCAGUGGUCGCUGUGAUGUGCAAACCCCAUCGCUGUCCACAUAUCAGUUUCACAGGCAACAUCUGUGUCUACUGUCCCGGUGGACCUGACUCAGAUUUUGAAUACUCCACACAGUCUUACACCGGCUAUGAGCCGACGUCCAUGCGAGCCAUCAGAGCAAGAUAUGACCCCUACCUUCAGACCAGGCAUCGGGUGGAGCAGCUGAAGCAGCUGGGCCACAGUGUGGACAAGGUGGAGUUCAUUGUGAUGGGCGGGACUUUCAUGGCUCUGGCUGAGGAGUACAGAGACUACUUCAUCAGGAACCUGCACGACGCCCUGUCCGGACACACCUCCAACAACGUGGCCGAGGCCGUCAGGUACUCAGAGCGCAGUAACACCAAAUGUGUUGGAAUCACCAUCGAGACCCGACCGGACUACUGCCUGAAGCGUCACCUCAGCGAUAUGCUGGGCUACGGCUGCACGCGACUGGAAAUAGGAGUCCAGAGCGUCUACGAAGACGUGGCUCGUGACACCAACAGAGGCCACACGGUGCGAGCUGUGUGCGAGUCCUUCCACCUGGCGAAGGAUGCCGGCUUCAAGGUGGUGGCCCACAUGAUGCCUGACCUGCCGAACGUGGGCAUGGAGAGAGACGUGGAGCAGUUCAUUGAGUUCUUUGAAAAUCCAGCAUUCAGGCCCGACGGUUUGAAGCUGUACCCGACGCUGGUGAUCCGAGGCACCGGCCUGUACGAGCUGUGGAAGACGGGCCGCUACAAGAGCUACUCGCCCAGCGCUCUGGUGGACUUGGUGGCCCGAAUCCUGGCACUGGUGCCACCUUGGACACGGGUCUACCGAGUGCAGAGGGAUAUCCCCAUGCCCCUGGUGAGCUCCGGGGUGGAGCACGGUAACCUGAGAGAGCUGGCUCUGGCCAGGAUGAAGGACAUGGGCACUGAGUGUCGAGAUGUGAGAACCCGAGAAGUGGGAAUUCAGGAGAUCCACCACAAAGUGAGACCUUACCAGGUGGAACUGGUGCGGAGGGACUACGUGGCUAACGGUAGCUGGGAGACCUUCCUCUCCUACGAAGACCCCGAGCAGGACAUUCUGAUUGGCCUGCUCCGUCUGCGCCGUUGCUCCCCGGAGUCGUUCCGCCCAGAGCUGAAGGGAGGCGUGUCCAUCGUCCGCGAGCUGCACGUGUACGGCAGCGUCGUGCCCGUCAGCAGCCGAGACCCCAGCAAGUUCCAGCACCAGGGUUUUGGGAUGAUGCUGAUGGAAGAGGCAGAGAGAAUUGCCAGAGAGGAGCACGGCUCUGCCAAACUGGCCGUCAUCUCAGGCGUAGGAACGAGGAACUACUACAGGAAGAUGGGCUAUGAGUUGGAGGGGCCGUAUAUGAUGAAGGAUCUGUACGGACCUGGAACAGACUGAGCCUGGACUGAACCACAAGGCUUUUUAUAGAAGACCAUGUUUUUAUCUGGACUAUGUACAAGCACGUACCUGCGCACAAGUGGUUUUAUUUAUUAGGAUCUAAUUAUUUGAAUGUGUUUCCUGCAGUACAUGGAGUGGCUCAUAAAUUGAGGCUCACAUUGUGCCACUUUCCAUGCAUUAAAGGACAUCAUGGCUGAAGUUUGCAUUUGCUGUUUAUCACACACACACACACCAGGCAAUGCAACUGCAUCUCCACUGCUUUAUUUAGAUAAGGAGGCAGAGUGUGGGAGCAUGUGAGGAAUAAAGUAAAGUUAGAAGAGAUGAAACCACAGUGCAUUAUAGACAGUGAUAAAUUACAGUCGAGACACAAUCACUCUACUGCUGCAGUCUCACCCAAAGGCAGGUGUACUUUGUCUGUUAUGUAUUCUGGAAUUUUCCCUUCAAAUGCACAGUUGCAACUUAGUAUUUUUGCUUUCCUCAUUGAAACAAAUUCGGUGCCACAAACCCCUUACCAUACUGAUCUGUUGCGACAAGAAAUGCAAUGGUACUUAUGUCAUUUUCAAUUUUACAAAAAUGUUACAUGUGAGUCGUGAUGUCUCGGUAUCCCUCAGAGAAUUUAUAUGUUUGUCUAGGAUGAGAAAGGCUGCUUGGCAUCCUAGUUUUAGUUAAUCAUGUUUAUACUGCAAUUUAAUGGAAAACAGGCCUUCAUUAAUGGUUGGCAGUGGAUGAAUGAACACUUGGAAAUGUCCUCAGUGGGCAGUCGUUGUAUAAUUGCACAAUUAUGAUUUAUAGGGCAGGAAAUAAAUAUCGGUGUUACAUAAAUUGCUUUUUAAAACCUCUCAGUUAAUCCCAUUUCAUGUUUUGUUUUUUUUUGGUCAUGCGUUCUACAUGUAUAAUAUGCUGGGGGAUCCCAGGUGUUUACCAAACACCAUUCGCCUUUUUUGGCCAAGAAAUAAAGCGUAUUUCAGUAA